UUCUGAUACUUUUGUUCUCCUGUCUGAAUUACCCAGGGAUUUCCUUCUCAAGCGAGGAGAGGAGAUUAAUGUGGUAUUAGAAUCACUCAGGCCAGCCUGAAUCCUCUGGAGACUGACUUAAUUUAACGAUCUUCAGAAGUAUUGGUAAACCUUUUGUGUCCCAGGGCAGGGUGUGGCAGUUGAAGAGAGAGGAACAUUAGGGAAGACACUGAACGAGGCGGCCAUGAUGAAGAAGCAAACCAAAGAGGACGAAGCUAAUCUCAUUGCCAUGGCAAUGCAGCCAGACCUGAACUAUGGCAGCAUGGUUGCUGAGGAAAAGGUCACUGCCCCAGACAGGAACGUGUUCAGUGAUGGGGUCACCCGCAUUGACUUUGUGUUGGCGUGGGAAGAGGAUCUCACAGAGCUGAAGGAUGAGAACUCAGAAGAAAAGGUGGCCCCUGCCGCUGAGGAUGCUCCUGAUGACUCACACAGGAAGUGGAGGGAGCACUUCCUGUCCGGGCUGCAGGCUACAGGCAUCCUCCUAGAGAAGAUGGUGGUAGAAAACAAGACGAAGCAGAUCACCUAUGUGCUCCUCAGCGCCCCCUGGAGUGUGUUGUGCUACUAUGCUGAGGAUAUUAGCCUCAGGGUUCCCCUGCAGGUUGUGCCUCUGAAAACAUGCCAUUGGUCAGAAAAGAUCCUUCGGAAACUGUCCAUCCCAAACCUGAUGGCUCAGGAUGUGCCAAAACAGCCACCAGACUUCUACGCCUGCCAGUUCCGUACAAACAAACUGGACAGGUAUUUGGGUAGUGACAAUAAGGAUACUUUCUUCAAGAACACCCAGAGACAUGCGAUCGUCUAUGAAAUUCUGGCCAGGACGCCAUAUGGAGUAGUGGAGAGAGGAGAGGUUGGCAUCGACAGACUGGUAAAAGAAAACGUCUUUUCAGCAGCAUACCCUCUUCAUGAGGGUCCAUUAGAGAUACCAGACGAGGAUGCAGACCCACAGACCUUGAGCGUGCGCCAGAUUCUCAACCACUACUGGGCACCCUGGGGCCGCUGGAAGAAGUACCAGCCCCUGGACCACAUUCGCCUGUACUUCGGGGAGAAGAUAGCGCUGUAUUUCGCCUGGCUGGGUACAGUGUUUUCUGAAUGCUGCCACUACAAAUACUCAAAGCUUACAGUGCCUGGACCUCCUUGUUUAUAUUAUGUUCUCUUUUGGAUCUCUCUUGCCCCUGUUCCCUCAGGAUUCUAUAUAGGUUGGUUGUUGCCUGCGUCUGUGGUGGGAAUAGUAGUGUUCCUGUUUGGAAUAUGGCUUAUGGUUACUGAUGUGCCAGCUAAGGAGCUUUGUAGCAGUGGAGGCACCUACGUAAUGUGUCCUCUCUGCAAUGCCUGUACCUACUGGAACCUCUCCAGCAUCUGUAUGACCUUCAAGGCAGGGUUGCUAUUUGACCAUGGAGGGACAGUGUUCUUCAGCAUUUUCAUAUCUCUGUGGGCUGUAGCCUUUCUGGAAUACUGGAAGCGCACCAAUGCCGUACUGGCUCACCGCUGGGACUGCACCAACUUUGAAGAGACUGAGGAACGGCCAAGGCCAGAGUUCUGUGCCUUAGCACCCAUGACCAUGCGCAAUCCUGUGACGGGGGCAGAAGAACCCUACUUCCCCGAGAGCAGCCGGUUAAGACGAACCAUCACCGGCUGUAUGGCCAUCAUCAUCAUGAUUAUAGUCGUCUUGAUCUUUCUGGUGGGCGUCAUCAUAUACAGAAGCAUUAUGCACAUCCUCAUCGCAAGGUCCAAAAAUGCCUUCUUCAUCUUCUCUGCUGGGAAGAUAGCCAGUAUCACAGGUUCCAUGCUCAACCUAAUGGUGAUCAUGAUAUUGUCUCGAGUGUACGUCUCCUUGGCCCGAGUGCUGACACACUGGGAGAUGCACCGCACUCAGACUAAAUAUGAGGACGCUUUUAUCCUGAAGGUCUUCAUAUUCCAGUUUGUCAACUUCUAUUCAACUCCCAUCUACAUUGGCUUCUUCAGGGGCAGGUUUGUCGGUUUCCCAGGAAAUCAUCGAACCAUCUUUGGAAUAAUACCUGAGGACUGUGAUGCUGGGGGCUGUCUAAUCGAGCUUGCACAGGAGCUGGUAGUCAUCAUGGUGGGAAAACAGCUCAUCAACAAUGUCGAAGAAUUUGUGUGUCCAAAGUUGAAAAGCUGGUGGAAAAAGCGUCAGUUCCGCCAAAGUGAGGAGAGUGACAAUGAGCUUGAGGGUGGUGAUGAGGGGCAGGGGAAGAGCACUCCCCCCUGGGAGACCGAUUACACGCUGCUGCGGUGUGAGGGAUUGUUCAGUGAAUAUCUGGACAUGGUGAUACAGUUUGGAUUUGUCACCAUCUUUGUGGCGGCAAUCCCACUGGCACCCCUCUUCGCCCUUCUCAACAACUGGAUAGAGUUGCGUCUGGAUGCUCAAAAGUUUGUGCGUGAGUACCGAAGACCCGUUGCUGAGCGUGCCCAAGACAUUGGACUCUGGUUGAACAUCAUGCAGGUCAUGGCCAGCCUGGCAGUCAUCAGCAAUGCCUUCCUGAUCGCCUUCACCUCUGACUUCCUGCCACGGCUCUACUACCGCUACACCACUGAAAGAAGUUUGAAUGGCUAUGUCAACUUCACCCUUUCCAUUGCCCCAGACACCUUUGCCAAGAACCACACCCAGUGCAGGUUUCGAGGCCACAGAGAUCAUAAUGGAAGCCUGACACCUGAAUUUUUCCAAAUUCUUGCUAUUCAAUUGGUUUUUACCAUCAUAUUUGAGCAUGUGGUGUUCUCUAUAGGGAAUUUCAUUAACAUGAUCAUUCCUGAUAUUCCGGAGGAAGUGCAAAUCACAGUAAAGACAGAGCACUACAUGGCCAAGGAGGCACUGGCUGAGAGAAACCAGACCAUGGGAAGGACCGGUUUACUUGAAGAGAAGGAGAAAGAGGGGUCUGAACUGAGGCGACGACAUAAACCUGAGGCCUCCAGUUCUUUACCACAGGACACUGACUCUCCACCUCCCGUACUAACCUCUGUCCACGAGGAACAAGAUUGAGCCCCUCACUGACCCCAGACCUCUGAACCCCGGACCACUGAACCCCAGAGUGCUGAACCCCAGAGUGCUGAACCCCAUGGGUGCUGCAGGGUAGAAUCUAGAGUGGCUGGGUAGCUGGUUCAUGAUGCAUAUGUUUACAUUGGAAGAUUGGAGGAAUACCAAUAAAAGCAAAGCAAUAUUCACUGUCUGAGGAUGAAAAUUAUUCAGUCACCUGAAUAUUAAUUAUACUUUAUAUAUAUGUUUUGCCCUGGUGGUCAGAUGCUGCAGCUAUAUUUGUUAUUCCUUGGUGCAAUAUACUACUGAGUGGUGGAAUUCUCUUUUCCUUCUAGGAUAUGCAGUAUGUAACCAAGCAAGGUGUUGACAUUUUGCUAUUAUUUUAGC